AUGUGCUCCUCUGACGAUGAUUUGACUGAUGUAGAGAUCCUGGGCCAGGCACAUAUUGACCUCUUACUUACUGGUGAUAUCACUGUUCAGUACCUGACUGAUACUGUCCAGAGAGGCUUUGCAGGUGUAGCCAAAGUCUCCAUCACCAUCAGUGAGAUGAAGAAGGUACCGGCACUCUGGGAUAAUAGAACUUUCAAUAUCGUUUUCCUGAAGAUGACUUCUUUACCAACCACUGAGGAGCUGGAAGCUGUUGAUUCAAUUAGAUUUCACAAGAUGAAAAAUAAACAUUUGAUGUUUGUUUCUAUAAUUCCUGAAAAUUUUGAAGAUUGUUUUGCAGGGUAUGGAGCUGAUAUUAAUUUAACUGAACCACUGACCAUGGAGAAAAUAAGUAUUGUGGUAAAAUACUGGAAAGCAUAUUUCUCAAAUACUGUUAAGAGUGAAAAUUCUCGGAACCUUGGAGAACUUGAAUUGCCCUGGCAAAAUUCCUGCAGUGAACAAUUGGAAUAUUUUUCUACUGAUAUAUUGACUUGUUCUGAACCUCUAAAAACUGACACUCAGUUUGAAAUAGAGACUCCAUUGUCAGAUUUUAAGAAAAACAAAAAGAUUUCUCUUCAUUCAAGCAAGGAAAAGCUAAGAAGAGAACGUAUCAAGUAUUGUUGUGAACAGCUGCGUACUCUGUUGCCAUAUAUAAAAGGGAGAAAAAAUGAUAUAGCCUCAAUCCUUGAGGCAACAGUUGAGUAUGUGAAAUACAUCCGGGAAAAAAUCCCUUCAACCCUCAUGGCUCAGAUUACAGAAACACUUCAGAACAAUAUGAAGUUUUGUAAAAAACAAGUACCCAUCGAGCUCUCCCUCCCAAGCACGAUAAUGGCACAAAGAGAAAGCAGUGUGUUGACAAACACUUACUCUCCUAUGAGAGAGAUCAGAUUCCUGGCUAAUAAGUGUUUGAAUAUGUCCCAAAGGGAGCCCUCGGAGGAAGGUGUAAGAGGUCAAUAUGGCUCCACUCCAGAGAAUGCAGUUGAAGAUAUGGAUAAAAAUCGAAUUCCCAGCCCAGCUCUGUCUCUGAAUUCCUUUCAUUCUGUCAGUUACUAUUCUAAAAUCAUCCCUUCCUACGAUGCAGCUGCAGUAACAAAUCAGACCAUGUCUAUUCAUUUUCCAUCAACCAUGCCCAAAGUCUCAACAUUUCUUUCACAGCAUUGCAGUUCUGUGUUGGGCCAGACAUGCACAACACAUCCAAACUGUCUGGUAAGUAUUCUGGGGUAUUGGAUUGAAUAGUACACUUUCAUUUCAGCUGUCAUGGAUUUCUGAUCUGUAAUUUGUUGUU